UUGGCGUCCGGACUCUGCACAGUCGUCGUCGUCGUGAGGGCAAAGCGAUUUUUUUUUUCCUUCGAUCCGCUGCAAGGGGUUAGGGUUCCAAAGCGUUAUUGCCGGAGAAUUUCCAUUACCGUAGUCGUUCGAAGAUGUGGGCAGCUUCAUGCCUCGCCUCUUGUUGCGCGGCGUGCGCCUGCGAGGCGUGCCGGUCAGCGGUCGGGAGCAUCGGCCGCCGUUCAGCUCGGAUCGCCUACUGCGGCCUCUUCGGCCUCUCACUCAUCGUCUCGUGGAUCCUCCGGGAGAUUGCUGCCCCCCUAUUGGAGAGCCUUCCAUGGAUUAAUCACUUUCACAAGACGCCGGAUAGGGAGUGGUUUGAGACAGAUGCGGUUCUGAGGGUGAGCCUGGGGAACUUCCUUUUCUUCACAAUUCUGGCUGUUUUAAUGAUGGGGAUUAAGAACCAGAAGGACCCGCGCGAUCGUCUGCACCAUGGCGGGUGGAUGGCUAAGAUUUUCUGUUGGUGUGUUAUUGUAUUCCUCAUGUUCUUCGUGCCCAAUGGGGUCGUUAGUUUCUAUGAGUCAAUAUCUAAAUUCGGGUCAGGGUUCUUUCUUCUAGUUCAAGUUGUUCUCUUGUUAGAUUUUGUACAUGGAUGGAAUGAUAGUUGGGUUAGCAAAGAUGAACAAUUCUGGUACAUGGCAUUGCUUGUUGUAUCACUAGUUUGUUAUGUGGCCACAUUUACCUUCUCAGGGUUCUUGUUUCACUGGUUCACUCCUUCGGGCCAUGAUUGUGGGCUCAACUCCUUCCUUAUUGUUUUAACAUUGGUCCUUGUUUUUGUUUUUGCAGUGGUUGCACUGCAUCCAAAGGUUAACGGUAGCCUACUUCCUGCUUCUGUAAUCUCUCUCUACUGCACCUAUCUUUGCUACAGUGGUCUUGUGAGUGAGCCACGGGAUUACGAGUGUAAUAGUUUUCACAAGCACUCAAAAGCUGUCUCCACUGGAAGCCUUACCAUUGGCUUGCUAACGACCGUCCUCUCCGUCGUGUACUCUGCCGUCCGCGCUGGUUCUUCCACCACUCUUCUCUCACCACCAACUUCUCCUCGCGCUAGUUCUGAAAAGCCUUUGCUUCCCUUCGACAAAGUCGAGGAACAGGACAUGAAAAAGGAAGAAUCCGUUCCAGUCUCGUACUCAUAUUCAUUUUUCCAUCUCAUCUUCUCUUUGGCUAGUAUGUAUUCUGCAAUGCUCCUUACCGGCUGGUCGAGCACGGUCGGCGAGAGCGGGAAGUUGGUCGAUGUCGGGUGGCCGUCCGUGUGGGUAAGGAUUGUGACUGGUUGGGCUACCGCAGCACUCUUCAUCUGGUCUCUAGUCGCACCAAUCCUCUUCCCUGAUAGAGAAUUCUAAUGGUUUGAAUACAAUCUCAUUAAAACUUCUAUCUGAUCAGCUACUUUAUUUAUUAUAUGGAACUUUUGGGGGGGUGUGCUUAAAAUUUAAGUCGAACUUGUUUUAUGGGCCUGAAGGGGCCUAAUCAAAUCUUAUCUGUGUUUAUAUACUA